AGAAGGGGGAAGUUUUCUCUCGAAUCCUUUUAAUAGUUCCACUUCUGCAACAUUUUUUGGAGGGGAAAAAAAAAAAAUGCUGCGCCCGCUCGUGAUUCUGCUUUGCUUGGGGACGCUCCACCACACCUCGGAGGCCGUGGUGGCGGAAAAGCUGGCGGAUAAAAAGACGUGCGGCGACGAAGAGUGCUCGUAUGUGCUCUCCAUGGCCACAGCUUUGGAUGACUUCAUAGGCCCGGAUUGCAGAUUCAUCAAACUCAAGAAGGAGCAGAAGGUUUACGUGUAUUCUAAACUUGUACCAGAGGAGGGCGGUGGUGUCUUCUGGUCUGGCAGUGUGUACGGCGAUCGCUACGUGGAUCAGAUGGGCAUCAUCGGAUACUUCCCUGCUGCCUUAGUGAAGGAGACGCAGAGGUUUAGAGAGGAAACUGUUGAGAUUCCAACAACAAAUGCAGAUUUCUCCUGUGCUUAAAUAUGGUGGACACGGACGGAUGCUUCUUCUGUGCUCGUUCCAGAAUUUGAAUCCACGGUUGUUAUCUGCAAGACAAGUGCCGCAACCAAACUGCGGCGACCUUUCAUUUAUUUUUCACGCCAAUUCACAUCAGUUUUAAUGAUAACGGGUUAGUUUUUAGGGAUGCCCUAAUCAACAUUUUUGGCCUUAGACUUAGACAAACGUUAUUGAUCCACAAGGGAAAUUGUUCUGCAGGCUUUAAUUCCCUUCUCCGCUCCUUCAUCUUUGUGCCGGCACAGCAUCCCCGGCGCUUUUUUCCGCAGUUCCACUGGAAUGUCCGGCCUCGAUCCCCCACAGCGCUGGCAAGGAGAGCGCAAACAGCUCCUUGCGUGUGCAGCAUACUUGCCAACCCUCCCGGAUUUUCCGGGAGACUCCCGAAAUUCAGCGCCUCUCCCGAAAACCUCCCGGGACAAAUUUUCUCCCGAAAACCUCCCGAAAUUCUGGCGGAGCUGGAGGCCACGCCCCCUCCAGGUUUAUUGUUAGGCAGUUUCAUUAACGUCCUCCCAGCGCGGCAACAACACACAACAACAGCAGUCACGUUUUGUCUACCAUAAAGCAGUUCGUCUGCCGUAAACAGCAAUGUUGUGACGCUCUUAAACAGGACAAUACUACCAUCCAGUGUACAUGCAUAUGUGACAAUAACAUAUACGGCUUUUAGAGGGUGCAGUGCACAACUGCGCACACAACAAGGAGACGAAGCAGAAUGCACCAUCAGAGAGGGUGUUCAGCAUGGUUAGAAAAAUAGUGACAGAGAAUAGAACAAGGAUGGACAAUUCAACCCUUAACUCAACAAUGAGUAGAUGAGUGUUAUGUGUGUGUAUAUGUGUAAAUAAAUGAACACUGAAAAUCAAGUAUUUCU